AUGUCAAACGAUGAACUCCUCACGGACGACUACGUCGCGGGCCUCCUGGCGCAGGACGCCAACGACUGCUCGCUGAAAUACUCCGCCAUGGGCAUGGAAGCAUUUCGCGACAACAAAAAGCCCUCUAAUUUGCCGAAGCCGAAUACCCGAUUCCUGCGACACAUUAUCAAGGACACCAACACCCACAACAAGGCGUUGCUCGCCAAGGAGGCCGCCGAAUCGAGGGCGAGGUUAAAAGAUCUCGAAUAUGCCGAGGACGUUAAACGGAGGAAGACGAAUCCGAAUGCCAAGGACAUACGGAGACGGCAGAUGGGCGAUAUUCAUGCGAUUCUGGGGGGGAAGAAGAGGCGCAGAGAGGACGAUGAUUCCGGCAGAUCGACACCGCGGGAUAGAAGUGAUUCAGGCAGUCGGUCCGAGAGGAAAAGUUCGAAAAGAAGAGAUGAUUUAUUUGACGAGGGAAGUGAGAAACAACGGCAUGGAAGACUCUCGGAACGUGAUUACGCCGACCACGAUGGAGAAUCUAGAAGCGAGGAUAAGAGAAAAUCUCGACGGAGCAGACACCACGCCUCACCAGACCACGACGACACCCGACAUAGACACAGUAGAUCACGGAGAGACAGGUCAAAAUCACCGCGACAUCACCGUUCCCGCUCACCCGACGACCAGAAACGCAGUCAUAGACACCGUUCGCGCCAUAGAUCCCGAUCAAAAGAAUCAUCACAACAGAACAAAAAAUCAAGCGCCGCACAGGAUCAAGACUCAGACCCACUAGAAGACUUAAUAGGACCAGCUCCGCCGCCGAAAUACAGAGGACGAGGCACCAUCGGCGGAGCAGCAGAGCUGGACCGCCGAUUCUCAGCGUCGUACGAUCCGAAGCUAGAUGUGCGCAUGAGCGACGACGACGCAGAUCCGUGGGACGACGCAGUAGAAUCGUUUAGAGACCGGCAAAAACUGCGACUACACCAAGACCAGAGGCUUAAGGACGCCGGGUUUACAGAUGAGCAAAUACAACGCAGUAAGGGGGCGAGCGAUAAACUCCAGGAUAAUGUGGUCUGGUCCAAGGCCGGGGAAAAGAGGGAGUGGGAUAAAGGCAAGGGCGUUGGGAUGGAUGGUGUUGAUGAAGAUGAUGAUCGUCCACGAACUUUGUUUUCUGAAGACUAUUGA